GUUCGUACAGAUAAUAUUAUUUGCAAAUCAAGAUGGAGUUCGUCGUUGAGGAAACUGUGGAUACUGCGGAUUUAAAGAAGUUCGAACUCCAGUACCAUGACCAGGCAAGGAAGGGCCCAGUCAGUGAGAAGGCUCAGUUCGACUAUGCCUGGUGCCUGGUGAGGAGUCGAUACCAACAGGACAUGAAGCGAGGCGUUGCUCUAUUGGAAGACCUCUUCUCCCGCACAUCAGAUGAAACAGCCAAGAGGGACUAUCUGUUUUACAUGGCAGUGGGCUACACUCGCAUCAAGGAAUAUCAGCAGGCCCUGAAGUACACUGCGGCCAUUGUGAAGAUCGAGCCCAAGAACAGACAGGCAGCAGAGCUGGAGAAGUACAUCAAAGAUAAGAUGAAGAAAGAAGGCUUCAUGGGAAUGGCAAUAGUCGGAGGAGCGGCACUAGCUAUUGGCGGACUUGUUGGAAUUGCAGCUGCAGCCAUUGCCAAAAAGUCCUGAUAAAUAUUUUCACACAUGUAAACUCAAGAUCUUAGAUAACGACCACAGAAGGAAAGUAGAGCUAAACUCACAGGUCUUCAUCAACAUGACAAGUGGACCGCCAAGGUCUUUCUCGAACUGGGUUUGCUUUUCUGUCGAUUGAAUUUAUCUGCAAACGUAAUACCAGUAAAAUUGUCUUCAAGUAUCCAAUACCCUGGAAUUGAUGCCUUGUAUCUUUGUUUAUGUGAAAUGCAUUUUAAUCAUUACUUCUGCAAAACCUGAUCAAGUUGUUGACAUUAUUAUUAUUUAUUUGCGCAAACUAGACACACAUUUGGCAGUUAUGUAAAAACAGGAUUGAUGUCAUAAAAGUAAAACAUAACAUGUCAAUAUUUUUUCAGUGUGCAUCUUAAAUAAUUAUUAUCCUAUGAAUUAUUGUGAGUUUAUUGUUUAUUGUGUGGGGUGCAGAGUGAAUUACAACAUACUUAUUUCCGUAAGCUCGACUAGUAAGGUUAAUUAAAAAAGUAUGGGGGCGGUCGGUUAGCCUAGUGGUUAAAGCGUUCGCUUGUCACGCCGAAGACCCGGGUUCGAUUCCCAACAUGGGUACAAUGUGUGAAGCCCAAUUCUGGUGUUCCUGCCGUGAUAUUGCUGGAAUAUUGCUAAAAGCGGCAUAAAACCAUACUGACUCACUCACUCAAAAGGGAUGAGGCAGACACAGACAUUAAUAUUCUUGGUUAGUUUCCCGUACUGUCUGGAGCAAAGUGGAAUAUGUAUAUGUAUGAAGCUGUCUUGUGUGGAUGCCUUGUUUAGAUGUUUAGUCUGCGUGUGCAUGGAGAAAAGGGCAAUGACAAACACAAUCAAUGAGAUUCAGUGUUAUUACAGUGGUAUGUUUGAAUAAUUAGUGACUUUUUAUUUGAGAUGUGUCCAGUGUUUUGGAAAAAUGUAUAAGGCAAAAUGUUGUUGAUUCAUAAACAAUAAAUGUUUUUAUUUUACAUGCAGGGAAAUUUAUGUAGAUGGUUUGUUUGCUUUUAACAUUCUUGUUCUGUGAUAUGACAAUGAAUUGCAGAAGUAUCAUUUAAUGUCUGAACGUUCAUGUAAUUAGUCACUUAUGUCCAAAUUGAAUUCAUGUAACCUUGAACAUGUUGAAUGUAUUAAGAGUAUUUAUAUGUCAAAUAUUUUUGAGAAUUACCAGAAUAGACCGAACUCAAAGUACCACAUACCGUAUUCAACGUAAUAAGCGCCCAGAGCGCUCACAAAAUUAGAAAUAGGGGGCUCUUAUUAGAAUAUUAUUUUGGUGAAAAAAACAGAGUUGAAAGAUAAAUUUCGUAGUUUAUGCUGACAGCCUGAAAUGUUUAUGUACGACAGAUAUAUUUUUCUAGAUUUUAAUUGCCAAUAAUUAAGGGUGCAUAUAACACACGAGUGCGUAUUAAACGCGAAUAAAUAAGUCUUGUGAACAUUGAUCAAUCGGAAGGGUUGCUAAUUGGGAUUUUUCACUAGCCAAUAUAUUAGCAAAUACCGCCAUGGGCGCUUAUUAGAGUGGGGCGCUUAUUACAUCGAAUACGGUAAUUGCUGUUUGCAGAGUUGACAACCAGAUGCAGUGAAAGACUUUGAUAAACAAAUCUGCAGGUGUCAGUUCAGACAAACAUCCCCAAAUCCAAGUGCCGGAUAAUUGUGGCUUUGAGUUUGGAUAAUUCCAAUAGCCUACAAAUCUUUGUGAUGAAAAGAUGUAUUGUUGCAAAGCGUCACUUGUGUUUGUAUGAAGUGAUGUGAUGCAACACGCUGCGGAGACCACGUUAACAAAUUGUCACUUCCCUUUCUUACUGCUCGGGAAUAAUGACCAGGGACAAGCUGCCAAGCUCACCUACCAAAGUUCCUCUAUGAAACAAAAAACUUCUAUUCAUAGCCAAUUCUUGAAAUGAAUAAAUGCAUGGUUAUUACAACAAUGUUUUUUAAACACUUCAUGGUUCAGGAGAUGGUGCGUAAGGCUAAAUAAUAGUCUUGGUUCUUGGACACUGCCCGCACCAUCCUAAAAUCUGCCGCAUGUUUUGUUUUUAUUUCCAUUUUCACAAAUAAUAAUCAAAUCCUAAUACUUCAAAACAAUGCGAUCCAAUGUAACACACAGUUACUUUACUUUACAUGUGCACUACCUUACUGCGCAUCUUGUGAUUUGGUAUUGGCAUCACCAGGUAGAUGGAACUGUUUAUUUCGUUACAUUCUGGCUUGAACAAGCAAAAAAAAACAAAAAAAACCCCCUGCCCUCACUAUUUUCAAAAGUCAUUGCCCCAGAACCACUUCUAUUAUUUUUUAUGCCUCAUCAUCAUGUGCCGUGGGUCAGGCCAGUACAUCAAGUUAUCGGGAUGGGGAGGCAGGUCCUAUGACAACCACCUGACCAAGUUAACGUCAUUUUGGAAAUAAUGGUGGUCCAGUCUAGGGCUAUGUAAUUGCUCUGUAUGGUUGUGUCCCUCAGUUAUGCCAGGGUCCGGUGAUGUCGGAUUCACCUUUAUUGUGAUAGUUAGCUUGACAGUGAAGAGUUUCAGGGUCACCAAAGUUUGAAACGUCUAAGAGCUGUGGGGGUUCGUCGCGAUUCGCUGUGCAGAGUUGCGUCCCUUGGGCACGCAAGAAACCUGUGAUUGUAGGUUCGAAUCCCGGUUCGCCCCGAUUAUGUUUCUAGGUUUGUCAGCACCAUACCCGUGCUCGUGGGUUUCACAGAAGUGGUAAACGUCUGAGACCUGCAUCACUACGGGUUUUCCUCCCACAUUAAGCUGACACGCCAUGAUAUAGCUGGAAUAAUGUUAAAAGUGGCGUUAAAACCAACUCACUUACUCACUCACUUGAUAAGAUUUGUUUGUUGUUUAACGCCGCAGUCAGCAGUAUUCCAGCUAUAUGACGGCUGUCUGUAAAAUAAUCAAGUCUGGACCAGACAAUCCAGUGAUUGACAUCAUGAGCAUCGAUCCACGCAAAUUGGGAUCGAUGACAUGUAUCAACCAAGUCAGCGAGCCUGACCACCCGAUCCCGUUAGUCACAUUUUACGGCAAGUAUGGGUUGCUGAAGACCUAUUCUACCCCGGAAUCUUGAUAAGAAGUGGAACUGUUUCCACAGAUGUACAUAGUAGUUUCAAAGAAAAUCAUGACUUCAUUGCAGUUUGUUCUCUUGAGUGAGGUGAGGUGAAAUGGGGUUAAACGUCGCGUCCAAGAUUAUUGCACUUAUAUAGCGACAUGCAUGCACGUGUGUGUGUGUGAGGCUGCUUGUACUAGUCCGGACUGAUGCCGAUUUAUAGUACUAGCUCACUGAGAUACCAUGCCGCAGUUUAACAUGAAUAUCCCACUCAGACACAGUAUACCGACUCUGAGUCGACCAGUCCUUGUUUUAGCCCCUUAACGUUGAGCCCCAGGCAGGGUAACAACAACAUCUUUUAAUGUCUUUUUGUAUGACGCGGCCGUGGAUCGAACCCCGGACUAAACGCUCCCCGGGCGGACGCUCUACCACUAGACCACGGUGGCGGUCUCUGUUGAGUGAGAUUAAUGGUGAAUGUUUAUGACACAAUUGAUACCAAACUCCAGUAUUAAACAAUGUUAAAUGUUCUGAAAUUGUCAAGAAUAAAUCUGAAAUGUGAACAAGGUAUAUAUACAACCAUCACAAACAACUAUAUUAAAGCAAGAUUUUUUUUAUUAAAAAAAAGUGAACAUUGGGAAAAAAUAAUCUGAAAAGCACUGUUUUAACAGCCAGAUUUUUAUUGUCCAUAUUAUGUUCUGAACAGGGAACAUGGCUGCUUCCUCUGUGGUGUUGUAAUGCAGACCUUGGUCACACUGACGCUCCACAAUGAGAGCUUGUUUUAUGGCCAAUAUGAAGUUUGUAUUUUAAUGUGGUUAUCCUGACAUGCUUGCAUCGUAGCGAGUGUUAGUAUGAAUGAUGAUUGUAAAUAAACAUGUUUCACUCGUA